UUCAUUGCACCUGUUAUCGGCUUUGGAUGGGAGGGAGAGGAGAGAGAGGAGCAGGAGGAGAGAGCAGCAGGAGAGGAGGGAGAGGAGAGAGCAGAGGGAGAAGGAGAGGAGGGAGGAUCAGGAGAGGGAGGCUCAGAGCAGCCAUCACAGGGAACAGAAGCAGACUGUCUCCAGGAGGAGUAGACAAGUUGUGUCCCUUCCUCACAACCACAGCUCCAGCCAUAGCUCCCAGGUCCUGCCUGGAGGUGUACCUGUGGGCCAGAGGACAGCCCAGGUGUCUGGGGGGUUGGGUUGUGUAGAGGGGGAUGUAGGGGGAAAAGAGAAGGGAGAAGGGGACAUAUACAGUGACAUAGACACAGACCUGUCUGAAUCAGAGAGGCUCCCUCUCCCCUCCUCCCCAUCCUCCCCCCCUAACCUCGACCUCCGUCCAGAGGUCAUCUUUCCCCAUGACUUCCAACCUGAUCUCCCUGGACCCCGAGGCCACGCCCCUGGUCUGUUCAGCUACCCAGAUUUCCUCCCUCCACCCUUCAACUCCUGGAGCCUCCGGCAGCUGGCUGUGUUUCUCCACCCAGAGGGAAGACACCCCCCCCGCUCCAGACCUGCAGGCAUGGCGCUGGACAGGUACCUGGAGCAGCUACUGCUGCUGGAGUGGCUCCGGAUCCAGACGGUUCAGGAGGAGAGUGGGAGUGUGUCCUCUGUUCCAACCAGUCGCUACUGUUCCCACCAUGGUGCACCCUCCCUCCACGGGAGACUCAGCUCUCCCAAAUGCAUCCUCCAGUGCCAGAGAGCUUUCCCUUUUACUCUCCUCUCCUCCCUGUUUCCCUCUGCCCCGCUGUCUGGCUGCACACAUUACCACGCUCGCUACCCGCCCUGUACUGGGGCCUGCCGCUCACACACCUCUCCCUGCCUCAACCCCUUCUCUGACCACCGGGGCCGUGUCUCUCUCCCCAAGAGGAGCUACAGUGAGAGUCGGGUCCACUCUGCUGAGAAGGCCUCUGGGCGUCAGAGUUGUGGGAGCCCUGCCGUGGGGAUCGGCCACCUGAAACGGAUGCAGGCUUUUGGGAACAUCCGUAACCCUGUAGCCGUUAGUCCUACCAGAAGGCAGAGGUCAUCAUCUGUAGUCAGGAACCCCAGUUUUGGGUCAGGGUCUGGGUCAGGGUCUGGGUCAGGGACUGGGACUCCCAGAGGAUGUAAUUGUGUUGGGUCUGGAUCGAGUGGUGCCCUCUAUGAAGUCUCCAGUAGCGUGAGGAGGGGGAGAAGUGAAUCUGAGCGAAGGAGAGGGACAGGGACUGGGUUUGGAUCAGGGACUGGGUCUGGAUCAGGGACUGGGUGUGAGGCUUGGGAAAGGGCUAUGGAGAGGGCUGGUUUUGGGAUCGGGUCUGGGACUGGCAGGGGACUGCACUGGACAGGGUCUGGGUCUGGGACUGGGGCUUGGGCAUGGUCUGCGGCUGGAGCAAGGGCUAGUAAGAGGGCUGGUGAGAGGGGGCUGGAUCUGAGGCUGGGAUUUGGUCUGAGGCUGGGAUUGGGUCUGAGGCUGGGAUUGGGUCUGAGGCUGGGAUUGGGUCUGAGGCUGGGAUUGGGUCUGAGGCUGCGAUUGGGUCUGAGGCUGCGAUUGGGUCUGAGGCUGCGAUUGGGUCUGAGGCUGCGAUUGGGUCUGAGGCUGCGAUUGGGUCUGAGGCUGCGAUUGGGUCUGAGGCUGGGAUUGGGUCUGAGGCUGCGAUUGGGUCUGAGGCUGCGAUUGGGUCUGAGGCUGCGAUUGGGUCUGAGGCUGCGAUUGGGUCUGAGGCUGGGAUUGGGGAGAUGA